UUUCGGUAUCUGACUCUAACUUACGGGCUGGAGACUUGCUAAGCUAAGCCUUUAGCGAGCUCGCCACUUUGGUGACAGUCCGCCAAGUACAUUGCUAUAAUGUUUUUUUUUUUUAAACUUCGCUAACUUGUUCAUUCUGUAACUCAACACUUGUCAUAUAAGUGAUUGAUUAAUGAAACAUACAGAACACGACUGCGUACUUUGUUUUACAGAGGCUAACUGAUCGGCUGCCUAGUUUAAUGUAACUGUCAGAGUGAUAGUGCUAAGAGGGCGGCCGAAUAGGCAACUUAAACUACGCAGCUAGUUAGCUGUUAAUUAGUCGUCCCCAUGUAGCUAACCAGUGUGCCUUAAGGGUGUUUGCCUGGUAAACCCGGCCGCGAUUGUGCGCGCAUUUGCAGGUAUUUACUCUGGUAGCCCGGUUGGGGUCGGACAAAGUUUGCAGGAGUUUUUACACGUAAUAAACAUGCACUGAUUGACCAGCAGCAGGAGCGCAGGCGGGAUCGGCCGGGUUGGGCUCCGCGCCGUCACUGCGCCAGGAUGGCGGAGACUGACACCGACGACGUGCCGCUGAUCCUCACCUGGGACGACGCCAGCGGGGAUCUGCUGCCUGUAGAGGAUGGGGACAGAGCCGAGCCAGCCGGCGGCAAUGGCGGAGGCUACGACAUUGUUAACAACACGGUUACCCCCACCCCGGCACCACCGGAAUGCCGGUCCCAGUCUGCUGGCCUGCGGCAGAACUGGGAGAUGAAUUACCAGGAAGCUGCCAUCUACCUGCAGGAAGGCGAGAACAACGACAAGUUCUUCACGCAUCCACGGAACCGCAAGGCGCUGACAGCCUACCUGUUCGCCCACAAUCACGGCUUCUACAUGAUGGAGCUGACGACGGGGCUGCUCCUCAUGGUGCUAUCGAUGUGCGAGGCACCGGCCGUACCCUCCCUGCGGCUGGACGUCUACGUCCACGCUCCCCUCGAGCUGCUGGCCCUGGCCAUGGUGGCUUUCGAGCUCUGCAUGAAGAUGCGCUGGCUGGGCCUCCACACCUUCAUUCGCCACAGAAGGACCAUGGUGAAGACCUGCGUGCUCUUCCUCCAGUUCGUGGAGGCCAUUGUAGUGCUGGUCCGGCAGAUGUCCCACCUGCGGGUCACGCGGGCCCUCCGUCCCAUCUUCCUGGUGGACUGCCGGUACUGCGGAGCCGUGCGCAGGAACCUGCGGCAGAUCUUCCAGUCCCUUCCUCCCUUCAUCGACAUCCUGCUGCUGCUGCUCUUCUUCAUGCUCAUCUUCUCCAUUCUGGGAUUUUAUUUGUUUUCUCAGAAUAAGGCAGAUCCGUAUUUCAAUUCGCUGGAAAACAGCAUCGUGAGCCUGUUCGUCCUCCUGACGACGGCGAACUUUCCAGACGUGAUGAUGCCAGCAUACUCCAAAAACCGGUGGUCUUGUGUGUUCUUCAUCGUCUACUUGUCCAUUGAGCUAUAUUUCAUCAUGAACCUGCUCCUAGCCGUGGUGUUUGACACCUUCAACGACGUGGAGAAGAUGAAAUUUAAAUCGCUGCUGCUGCACAAGAGGUCAGCCAUAGAGCACGCCUUCCAGCUUCUGGUCAGCAAACAAAGGCCCAGCGGGGUGUCGCUUAAGCAGUUCGACGGUCUGAUGCGCUUCUACAGGCCACGGAUGAGCGCCCGCGACCGCUUCCUCACAUUCAACGCCCUCAGUCGCGGAGACUCCUCCACGCUCAGCCUGGAGGAAUUUUACAACUUCUAUGAAGUCAUUGGCUUAAAGUGGAAGCCGCGGCGGAGCGGGGAGCACUGGUUUGAUGACCUUCCACACACCACUUUCCUCAUUUUCAAAGGCAUUAAUAUGCUGGUGAAGUCCAAACCAUUCCAGUACACCAUGUAUUUUGUCGUUGCUGUGAACGGCGUGUGGAUCUUGGUGGAGACGUACAUAUCCAACAGUGUGUUCACCCUUUCCCAGCAGGUACCUUGGAGCUACAUAGUCUUCCUUACCAUUUAUGGAGUGGAAAUGUUGCUGAAAAUCACAGGCCUGGGUCCCAUGAAGUAUUUCAGCUCAGGCUGGCAUCUGUUUGACUUCUCAGUCACCCUCUUCGCUUUCCUGGGCCUCAUGGCUUUGGCCUUCGACAUGGAGCCCUUCUACUUCAUCGUGGUGCUGCGACCCCUGCAGCUGCUGCGGUUGUUCAAGAUCAAGCAGCGGUACCGCAACGUGCUGGACACCAUGUUCGAGCUCUUCCCCAGGAUGGCCAGCUUAGGACUGACUCUCAUCAUCUUCUACUACUCCUUUGCCAUCGUCGGGAUGGAGUUCUUCGCCGACGUGGUGUACCCCAACUGCUGCAACACCAGCACAGUGGCCAACUCCUAUAAGAAGAUCAACAUCACUGUGGGCAACCACACGGUCCUGGAUGAGGGCUACUACUAUCUCAACAACUUCAACAACAUCCUCAGCAGCUUUGUAACAUUGUUUGAGCUGACUGUGGUCAACAACUGGUAUAUUACAAUGGAAGGAGUGACCUCACAGACCAGCCACUGGAGUCGCCUUUAUUUCAUGACCUUUUACAUCGUCACCAUGGUUGUCAUGACGAUCAUCGUGGCUUUUAUCCUGGAUGCCUUCGUCUUCAGAAUGAACUACAGCCGCAAGAACCGUGACCUCAUUGGAGACCCUGAAGAUGAGAACGGCAUCGUGCUGGAAGCUGAAGUGUCACGUGAGGAGGUGCUCGUCACGCUGGAGUUGUACAAGCAGAUCUGCCCUGGAGGCUCCAACCUCCGCUCCCUGCAGGGGGUGCUGCUGAGCAUGGAUCGUGGCGGGCACUCCUCGCUGGUGUUUCUGGGCCGGAGGUCCCGCACCAAGAGCGACCUGAGCAUGAAGAUGUAUGCGGAGGAGAUCCGGGAGUGGUAUGAGGAGUACACCAUGGAGAGCCCUCUUCAUCCUCACCGGCUCCCAGACCAGCCCUUGGACAUGCUAGACAACCCCAGCCGGGAGCUCACCAGCCACCCACAGACUGUCAACUAGCACACAGCCUUGCCCCCAGUCGCCAGCCCCCCCAUGACUGAUCCAUAAGCACUCCAGCGCCCCACCCAUGUUCCUCAUGUGGUUCUCUGCUCACCAAAGGCAUUAAUGGGAUCACAGGACCUGAGCACCGGCCCUCCCUCCCUCAGUGCUCUGGCUGGGGGGCAGCACCACCCUCCAUGUGGACGUGCAGCUUACCUACCUUACAGAAAAGGGCCAUGUGACAGAUAGCCAAUCACAGGCUAAUGAGAGGGGACCUUUGUUUCCAGUUCGCUUCUAUGCAUUACAUUUUUGACACUAGACUGAUAACAUUAUUCCACCCACGGGAGCUAGGAGGACAGAUGCCAUUAAGUGCCUGUGCCUCUAGGGAAUUAUGGGCGAAGACCUAUCAGAUGACACUUAAAGACCAAUCAUGAGACUGCACUUGCAUAACAACCUUGAUAUAACGAGAUGUGGACUGGGAGCGGCUCCACGGCCAGGACCAAGGCAUUCUGACCCAGUUCUAUGGUGCUGGGUUGUGUGGGUUUCAGGGCGCAUUAAGCUGACCAGCCUGUAUAACUAGGGGAAGUCCUCACACGCACACUUCCUUCAUGAGCACACUUAAAGUAAAUUCUUAACCCCUUAACACCACAGUAUUACUUGAUAUUAUUACAAACUCCUUGUAAAGUGUUCAAUACAUGCUAUAUACAUAUAUAAUGUAAGUUAUUAAAGCUUUAUAAAAUGAGGGAGGAACCUCAUGUUCCUGUUAAUUCUGUAGUUAUGUUCAGGACUACAGACUCACCGUUCAUAUGUUUUUACAGCAGUUUCGUUUUUCUCAUAAUUGUUCCAUUAAUACAAUUAAGUCCUCAUCACAUCUAUGACUUGUGUUUAUGCUGAUACAGCAGCUGUCUGACUACAGCUUUUUACGGUUAUUAUGUCACAGUUGAUCUGAUUAGGCCAUCACACCACAAGAGGGCAGCAGCAUUUUAAUGAUACCUUAAGCAGAAGCUCUUUUUCAAUCAAGAGCCUAUUGGUCUGUCCUACAAGUUUACUGGGUCGUAUUAUAGGGAGUCCUGAGAUUCCUCUACAGUGUAAAUGUUUGCUGGUGUUUUUUAAUUUAUUUUUUUCUUUUAUUACGUGGUCAUGCAAAUGGUUAGGUGACAGUUUAAGGUUAGAGAUCCAGGCCUUGGUCUUCACUGAUUCCCAUUCUAAGUGCGUUUAGUAUUUUUUGUUUUUAUCAAGCUUUCUAAAUGACCAUACGUACUCAGAGAUGUACGAAGGGUAACUAUUGUUCACUUAAUCGUUCAUUUAAAAAGCAACAUUGUACUCGUGAAAAGGAAUAUUUUUAACGUGUUAUUCUAUGUUAUGUGAUUCUAUAUAAAUUGUGUCCUUACUCAGGUUCUGACGUAUAACUAAAAUCAGUUAUUUUGCAAACCAAGUUUAUUCUUGUAAACGAAUAUUUUACUUUAGGUUAGAAUUUAUUCUGUAGACCCAAUAAAAGCAAACAUGACUGUGUGUCACCAAUGAAAUGAA